UCGUUUUCAUGAUGAUGUAUUGUAAUUACUGUGGAUUGUUUGAAAACGAUUGUGUGUGCGGUCACAACACCGUCCGUUCCGAAUGGUCCUGGGUUUCCGAUGACGAUGAUACCAACAUCAUACAGGGUUUCCCAGUGUGAGUAUUCAGAAAACGAGCGAUAACAUUACCGAUGCUGGAGAAAAAAGUAACAGUUCAAAACAAGGCAGAAAGCGUAAAAUAAACUCUCUUACAAUGGAAGCAGUUAAAAAAUAUGUUGAAAGGCCAAUAGAUCAAGCAGCCAAGAGCCUUCGUGUCGGUCGGUCUACAUUGAAGCGUUAUUGUCGAGACCAUGGUAUGCCAAGUUGGCCAUUGCCAAAGCACAGCAAAAAGACUGUUCAUACUACCGACUUAAAACCGUCACCAAAAGCAUGGACAAAGCAAAACUUGCAAUGGCCUUCGAAUACACGUUUUGGUUUAGCUUUUAUUGUGUUCCUGAUGGUAAGGGUUAAGAGGUGGAGAAAUAAGAAAUCAUUGAGAAAUUCAUUGCGUAACGGUGAUCACCCUACUGUGAGUGAGAGCACAGCAAAACCAAAAUAUACAAUAAACAAUAUAAUCCCGUAUUCGCAUGUUCAUGCAUCCCCAAAACAGACGGUGGCCAAUAUCUCAGAUAUAAAGAUGGUGACAGUGAAGGCAACUUUUAAAGGAGAUAUGAUAAAGUUCCAAUUUCCUACUUCAUGAGGCCUUUUGGAGCUAGAACAUGAAGUAGCACGAAGGAUUAAGUUAAAAAGUAGAAGGCCUCGUUUAAGAUACAGGGAUGAAGACAAUGACCUGAUAGUCAUUGCUUGUGAUGCUGACGUGCACUAUCUUCUAGGAUUUGCAGCUAAUCACAGUACUAUCAAAUUAAUUAUUUUUGCCGAUGAUUAAUAAUAGAACUAUGCUACUUCGGCAAUGAGAGCGAUCAAACAAAUUGUCAAUUUGUCAUAUGGACGUAUCAUGUGUAUUUGAAUUAGAAUUAUCAUUUAUGUAUGCAGCAACAGAUUGUUAUUCGUUUUACUUAUAUUUUAGUUUCCAAUGUAGG